CGCGAGGGAUUAUUGUAAAAAUAUUUAUUAAAAAAGAAAAUAGGCUGGUCAUUACAUUAUCUUGGAAUCCCUACUUUCUCUAAACCGAAUAUGAUUUUAUGGACUGUAUGAGGGAAAGCGGAAUUAAUCAAGCCGAAGAGCGUAGUUGAUAUUACAUCCUGACUGUCUUCUUUUAUAAUCGGGUGAACACUAGAUAAAAUUUGAACCAUGUGCCAAAGUAAAAGUUGUAAACUAAAGUAAAGUUUAUAAACAUGCUAAUUUUUAUGCAAGAAUAUUUAUACAACAUAAGAAUUCAAAAAAAUAUUUAUCCAAAUCAGCGGAUUUUUAUGUAAGGAGCAGACUUAGUUUAGGCAUAUCGCACGUAAAGAAUUCAUUUCGAGAAGAGUAGUAGUUCUUCAAUAGACUUAUUAGUAAGUGUCCUGAAAAUUUUAGAAAUGUUGACAUCGAACAGCCGGCUAACGAUUGCGAUUGGGAUUGGGAAGAAUGUGAUGCACCGUACUUCGAAACAGCUCAGACAGAUGGAGGAGGACCUGACGCCCAAAUGGGUCAAAACUGAUUUUGUAGCGAAGGGGGAAGCUCGUGGCUACUAGUUAGAGCCCUAUAGAUGGAGCAAUUAGCCGCGUCUUUACUCCUUAGCUACAUGGCUGGAUAUGGCGGACUGAUCCUCGAGCUGGAUUCUGGAGAGCUCGGAAAUCAUCAUCUCCUUGGGUGAUUGAUUGCUAGACUUUUGAAGGAUGGUGACACAUGGGAAAAGGAUGGAAUCUUGGCGUCCCCCACCAAUGGAGGUCGGACUUCCAUGCCUUGUGUGCCAAAUAUCUUCAAAAUCUUCCAUUCACACGUCGAGAGAAUACGCUCUCUCACAUGGGACUGCUUGAUUGCACUGACUCGAAUUAUCACGACUGUACUGCGUCCUUCGAGGUCCAGAUUCUCUCAUUACAAUCGACCAUUGUCACCUCCAACCCCAUCCCUCUCCCAUUCGAUCCAGGUGUUGUCUCUCGGGUAGUUGGAGGCGUCCUCACUCUUUCACCUGACCUCCACAUUCGAACUCUCCACUCGUUUCCGCUACCAUGGAUGUGUUGUUGCUAACACGUUUGUCGUCCGACCGUCACUCCGAUCACGUCACAGUACGUGUCCGCUUGGUCUGGAAGCUAUCCGAGAGCAGCAGCGAGCAUUAGAUCUUUCUGAUCUCCUGCCCUCGCGUUUAGAGGAAUCGAGCUCGAGCCCAGAUGUCACCAUUCUCCUGAAGGACCGGAAACAGCCGAGCCCACAAACUCAGAGCGCCAUCAGGUCGUGACAGGGGCUGUCUGUACCGGAGAUCCAUGAGCACAUUUGGCCCGGGGGUGCAACCUCGGGCCUCCAGCGAAGACGGAGGGAGCUAUCACAUCACGUAUCGCAUCUCUGCAGGGCUAAAAUCACGACCACCCUCGGUCUCAGACAUGAUUCGAUCGUUCAGAGCCACCUGGUCGCUAAAUCCGACCUCUAGAUGUCGACGUUCUAGAACGAUGGGGCUUAGCUCCUCCUCAUUCCUUAGCCCCCCGGGGGUAAGGGAUGAGCCACUCGCACUGCCACCGCGACACAUGGUCGCCCACUCGGUGCACGUACUACGAACUACGAAAUACUAACUACGUAAGUACAUACGUACGUAGUUCCUCCAUCGGACAGGCGGCAAUAAAGCGCAUGAUUGCUCUUGGGCCAGUCAGUACCUGCAGGCUCGCGUGGCGACAAGUCGAGUGGAUCGACAGGUGCCUGGAUCCUUUGCCCCACGACUAGAUACUGACCGGUCGAGCCGGUGACCGCAUUUCAGGCAGUCGAGGGCUUAGUGGUGGCAAUUAUGGCAGCCGGCGACGAUCGUGGUCGACUGCGAGACUCGGUGGCUCCGUGAGACGAAGGGUGGUGGUGGCGGCGCAUCGAUUGUAUGGAAGCAGGGUCAAUACUAUGAAUGUAGCUCGUGGAGCCUGGUUCGUUCUAUAACGGGAGAUAUGGCGGAAUCAGGAACUGUCCAGCAGCGACAGGAACAAACAAACGAAGGAAGGAACUGGGGAAGCAGCGGUGGCGAGAGGCCAUCCAUUCAUGCGAUGUGCUGGCUCCAGAGUCGGACAAUAGUGCUGGUUUCGGUCACGUGAGUGGAUAUUUUACACACCCAUCCUUCGCUUCUGAGGUUCGAGUCUCGUGUGAGAGCCCUCCGUCUCCUGUGCCUCCUCCUGUGGUUGGAACAUUGAACAUCUUUUGGGAACUCUUUCCAUCCUCUGCGAAGUGGUGCAUGGAAUGAGGUCGAGCUUUGACGACACUGGACCACUCCCACUUUGUCGGUUAGACCUGCACGUUCUGCGGAUAAGUCCACGAUGGAGCUUCAUCUUAGGUACAGUAUCUGUGUUUGGGUCUCAAAGCCUGCGAGGGCCACCAGUUCUACAGCAUGCCAAACGAAUCAUCUUGUUGCAUUUCAGAAGGGGUUAUUUCAC